GCUCUCUCCCUUCUCUCGCUCUCCGGUUCUCCUCUCCCGUUCUCCUCUCUUGCCGCAGCCAUGCUGCCUCGCGCAUGUUUAGCAACCCUGCUGUCAGUCAAGGGUGGUGCUCGUGCAGAACGUAGGAAGUGUCGCGCGCCACGAAAUUACAUUUAAAACACUCACGGUUGGUUGGUUUGGUGACGUUUCAGCUUCCUAAAUUUGGACCAUUCGGGAUUUCUUUUAUGCGCCGGCUCAGACAUUACGGAGCGAGCAGGCUGCCUAGCGACUCCCACCGUGAAGACAGCAGCUGUUUGGCUAUCCGGUCCAAGACAAGUGAAUGUCGCUGUCCACACAGGAGGGCUAAACCCGUGUUUGUAUUAUUUUUGCUAAUCUAGAUAUUGACUAAUUUGUGUAGAUAUAGGCGAUGCAUUAAGCUUUUAUGGUUAAUAUUUUAACCUGAUCCUGGAAAGAGAACAAGAAUCACGCCCUGCACACGGGACUGAAAAGACAAUAGUAGCCUACAGUAAUGCUACAAAAUGCUGGUGUUACGUAUUUCUGUUAAUCUAUAAUAACAUACGGAUUUUGAUCAUUAUCACCACCCAGCCUAGCGGCAUACAGAGACAGACAGAGGGAUGUAUUGCUAUUGGCUACGGUAAAACCGUCAACCAAACACGCAGCGGCGGCAUUACGGAGAAACCGGGAUUAUCUUGGGUUUGUCUGUGGCGCGUGGUCUUGCAGGUGCACGGUCAGGGCAGUGAUGCUGAUUGAUGAAGAAUCGUGAUUAUCGUUAACGGGCAUAGGUGGACGGUUAGACGCCUUAUCCUUGGUCUGGAUGGUCACUAAUUCAGCCAACAAAUCCUCAUGACAAUGACAAUGUAAUAACGGAUUUGGAACCCGGCGCAAGGAACUGUGAAUCUGUGAACGGUGUCCGCCAUGUCUCUUAACAAGACACUCGAGUUGGAGCAUUUCGAUGAACGGAACAAGGCUCGUCGCAGCCGGUCCACACGCUCCACCGGGGCUUCUACCGGCGGUGGAGGCGCUGGUUCGAGAGGAAGCAGCCUGGUUCCGAGCCCCGCGCACAGUGCCAACUGCAGCUACUACCGCACGCGCACGCUGCAGACGCUCACAUCUGAGAAGCGCGCGAAGAAGGUCCGGUUCUACAGAAACGGGGACAAGUAUUUCAAGGGGCUUGUUUAUGCAGUCUCUAGCGACCGGUUUCGUUCUUAUGACGCGUUGCUGAUGGAACUGACCAGGUCUCUAGCGGACAACCUGCAUCUGCCUCAGGGCGUGCGCGCGAUCUAUACGGUAGACGGGGCCAAGAAGAUCACUUCUUUGGAUGAACUGUUGGAGGGUGACUGUUAUGUGUGCUCGUCCAAUGAGCCCUACCGUAAGCUGGACUACACCAAGUUCAACAACCCGAACUGGAAACCCGGUGCUGCUGCCGGCACCGCUCACGGUUCCUCCACCGGUGGUGCCGCGGGAACGCGGUCUGGGCCCGUUCCAAGCCCUGGGGGUCAAAGGGCGGUCGGCGAGCGUUCGGACCCGAGAGAGCUGCGGGAGAGGGACUUCAUCAAGCCCAAGCUGGUGACGGUGAUCCGGAGUGGCGUGAAGCCCAGGAAGGCCGUCAGGAUCCUGCUGAACAAGAAGACGGCCCAUUCCUUUGAUCAGGUUCUGGAGGACAUUACUGAGGCCAUCAAACUGGACUCCGGGGCAGUGAAGAGGAUUUACACCCUGGAUGGAAAACAGGUGACCUGCCUGCAGGACUUCUUCGGGGAUGAUGACGUGUUCAUGGCAUGUGGUCUGGAGAAGUUCCGGUACGCGCAGGACGACUAUGCUAUCACGCACAGCGGGAAGGCAGCAGCCGCAUUCGUCAACGACUGCAGGAUGAAAUCCUCCCGUUCCUCCACUCCUCAGAAGCCAUCGUCCCCUAAACCUUCCAGUUUGACCACGCCCAAAACCACGCCCAAAACCCCACCCAAAACCCCGCCCAAAACCCCACCCAGGACCAAGUCACCUGGCCCAGUCAAUGAGGUGUUAGGAAUUAAGGUGGGAGUGACAAGAUCCUGCCCUUCACCCACCAGUCCUGAAGCCCGACGCCACAUAAAGGUUUACUCCCAACCGGUCUCCUCAGAAGUGAAUGGAGCAGAUGAUCUGAGCCCAGAAGUGAAUGGGAACAGCCUGGUUUCAUCCUGCAUCAUCAAGGAUAAGUACCGAGUGGGGAAGGUUAUUGGGGACGGGAACUUUGCUGUGGUUAAAGAGUGUGUAGAGAGGUCGACGGGACAGGAGUUUGCUCUGAAGAUCAUAGACAAAGCUCGUUGCUGUGGAAAGGAGCACCUGAUAGAGAACGAGGUGACCGUGCUGCGAAGGGUUAAGCAUCCGAGUAUCAUCCAGCUGAUCGAGGUCGACGACACGCCCACCGAGCUUUACCUGGUCAUGGAACUGGUCAAGGGAGGGGAUUUGUUUGAUGCUAUAACAUCCUCCACUAAAUACACGGAGAGAGACGCCAGCGCCAUGGUGUUCAACCUGGCAGGAGCCAUCACAUACCUGCACCGCAUCAACAUUGUCCACAGGGACAUCAAACCUGAGAACCUUCUGGUGUGCGAGUAUCCGGACGGGACCAAGUCGUUGAAGCUGGGGGAUUUUGGGCUGGCCACGGUCGUAGAAGGCCCCCUGUACACAGUCUGUGGAACACCGACCUAUGUGGCGCCAGAGAUCAUCGCUGAGACGGGGUAUGGUCUGAAGGUGGAUAUCUGGGCAGCAGGAGUCAUCACUUACAUCCUACUAUGUGGCUUCCCCCCAUUUCGGAGUGAGAAUAAUGUCCAGGAGGAAUUGUUUGACCAGAUCCUCCAGGGGAAACUGGAGUUUCCUUCCCCAGACUGGGACGGCGUCAGCCUGCCUGCCAAGGGUCUGAUUGGUCACAUGCUGCAGGUGAACGUGGAAACACGGUUUACAGCAGAGGACGUCCUCUCACAUCCCUGGGUCAUGGACGAAGCAACCCUGGAGAGCAGCAGUUUGAACACAGAAAUGUCAUCACCGGCUACUGUGACCCCUGACCCCUGCGGGACCCCUGUAUCCCCGGCAACACAGAGUAGCCCGGCCCACAACACAACUAGCCCGAAACCUUUCACCUCGCCGCUCUGCUGAGGACACAUGCCAUUUCAGCUCCUAGCCCCUCAUCAUCCCGAGGACACGUUCCAUUUCAGCUCAUAGCACCUCAUCAUCCUGAGGACAUGUGACAUUUCAGCUCCUAGCCCCUCAUCAUCCCGAGGACACGUUCCAUUUCAGCUCCUAGCACCUCAUCAUCCUGAGGACAUGCGACAUUUCAGCUCCUAGCCCCUCAUCAUCCCGAGGACACGUUCCAUUUCAGCUCCUAGAACCUGCUUCCUUGCCGAAGAGUGGAGGGCUGUGUGAAUUUAUAGCAUUUAAACCACAAGGAAACAGGUUGUGGGCUGUGACAGUGUUCACUCCCCGGGCUGUUCCCCUGGCUAGGGAGAGGAAGAACAGUGCCGACACCCUGUUUCAGUCCCUAGUCCCUUCCCUUAGCCAAGCAGAGAGGGGUUGUGGAUUUGGGACACGACCCAUUUCAAGCCCUAACAUCCUCUUCGUAGCAGAGCAGAGGGCUGGAACGGACAGACAGUUAGACUAUAGUACUGUAAUACCCUUAAUGAACAACCUCAGAUACAACACUGUACUGUACCCAUCCUCUACUCUCUGAGACUAACAGUCGCCAUGUCUCUCUCUCUUUUCUUUGAUCUCAGUCUUCCUCUGUAAUUCUUCUGAUUAUGUAGCUCAUGUUUCCCACAAUCCCUCUCUCCCCGGCUCUCUUAAAUCUUACACAACCGGAGUAUUUAGUAUUUUUACAGUAUAUUUUGUACGUGUGUCGUAGAUCUGUCUGAGUGGUUUUGAGGAGAAUGUAGCAGUCUGAAAAUGACCAGCAUCCUUCUGAGGUGCUGUGUAGUGUGAGACAUUAAUCACCACCUUUAGGUUUUUACUGUGAUAGUUAUUUAAUUUCAUAUGAGGUCAGUUUCCCAGACGUAAGCCUGUUCUCAAACCGUCCCUAAAUGUGUAUCCUGAAGGGGGUUAAGAUGUGUUAUUGGAUGUAAAUAUGAGUGUGUUACUACAGAAUAAUGAAGUGAUCAAUUGAUCAAUCUCUAACUGUCACUACUGAACAAAGAGUUAAGGGGGCUGGUGUCAUUUUGAAAACUAAAAAAAAAAAAAAAUCCAGUUGGAUGGGAGCCAAGUCUUAGUGACCAUGCUGAGUCUCCGGAAAGCUCCGGAGCGCUGAGGUGAGGCUUCAACUGGACUGGGUGGUGUUGGCUGGGAUCAACCUGUGUUUAUGCGCUGUAGAAGAUCCACAUCGUAGUUCAUGUGAAACGUAAAGGACGUCCAGCAGCUGCGGAGACUCACAAUGCUUCUGUCGCCUCAAUCAGAAAGGACCCUUAUUGUUAAAAACGCAGGACAUCGGUUACAAAGCUUCCAGGAAACUCCCCUCAGAAAUACCGGUUUUAACUGGUCUUACAUUAUUUUUUGCUUCACACUAAAUGACAAUGGGCCUUCCAUUGUGAGUGUUGACAGGCCGAUACCUACAGUAUGUGACUUUCAUUUUUAACAAUAAGUGCGUGUGUGUGUGUGUUAGUGCUCCAACCAACCGCAUUUUAUUUAAACCACUAUCAACCGUAGUUAAUAUAGUCUGGAAAAAGGCUAUAUUAGCCAAAUCAUUAGCAAGGAUUUGGCUCAGAAUACCACCCAGGCUAGGUAUAGUUUCCAAAUCAAACUGGGAUGAGUGUUGGUGAAGACAGAAUAGUGAUGAUGGUAUGUUCUGUGUGUUUGGUUGGUUGGGUUAUAUGUUUAAACAUGUCCUGGUUCGUUGCUUCAACAACACUCCAAACUGAGAAUAAAACCAUGACAUGAUA